UUAUCUUGUCCUUUCCUCUGCCAUGUGUUCUUCCCUUCUCAAAAGGAUUCAAAAAAACCUAAAAAUGAGGAAAUGAAUUUCCUAAAAUCUGGGUCAGGAAGAUCAAACAUCUCACGUUUUUGGCAGAACGCGUGCUACCCACCAGGCCUCUUACAAGGUGCUGGCCCUCGGGGCCCUUUCUCUUUCCCUGGCCAGGACCUCAGACAUGACGGGGAAGAUCUUCACCAACACCAGGGAGCGGUGGAGGCAGCAGAAUGUGAACAGCGCCUUCGCCAGGCUGAGGAAGCUCAUCCCCACGCACCCUCCCGACAAGAAGCUGAGCAAGAACGAAACGCUUCGCCUGGCAAUGAGGUAUAUCAACUUCUUGGUCAAGGUCUUGGGGGAGCAAAGCCUGCAGCAAACAGGAGUGGCAGCCCCGGGCAACGUUCUGGGACUCUUCCCCCAAGGACCCCCCCUGCCCGACAGGACUCUGCUCAGUGACUACCAGGCUCCUUCACCUGGCCCCAGCCACGACGUCCCUUAGUGCGGCGCUGACUCAUCACCCAGGGAGACACUUGUUCAGAAGUCACUGGCCAUCGACAGCCUCUGGCAUGUUACAGAGUCACCUUGAUGAAUAAUUUGUGAGGCAGGAAUUUAAACGUCACAGGAGGUGGCUCAGGGACAGCUGCCAGGAGCCGACUGGAGGCCAUGAGGAAUGUGGCUUUGGAAUGCGGCCUGUUUCUGUCUGUUUCAUAUGUCCAACAUCUACGUGAGAUGUCGUCUGAAGAAAAAAACAAUUACUCAAUAUGUUUUCAGUUAUAAGCAAGAUGAGUCGAAAUGCACAUUUCAGAUGAGUAAAAAAUGCUUCCCUCCGAACAUUUUAAAAAAUAUAUAUAUUUUUAUUGAUUUUAGAGAAGAAGAGAGAGGGAGAGAUAGAAACAUCAAUGAUGAGAGAGAAUCACUGACUGGCUGCCUCCUGCACGCCCCCUACUGGGGAUCAAGCCUGCAACCCAGGCAUGUGACCUUGACCGGAAUCAAACCUGGGACCCUUCAGUCCACAGGCCAAUGCUCUAUCCACUGAGCCAAACCAGCUAGGGCCCUCAGAACAUACUUUAAAGUUUCUUUUGAAAAAUGUAGCAUGUUUGAUCAAGGGGGAACAAAACAAGUCUUCAGGUUGGCUCUUGCAGGAAAACAAUCCUGGAGGCUUGUGGGAAAAUCUGUAGAGAAAAGACCCUCCUGACGUGGGAGGAUUACAGGAAUGCAACAGACACCUAUGGGAGAGCUCUGCAUCCUUUAUCGCUACAGAAGUGGGAGGUGUUACUGCCAGGAGCCAUUCCCAUAUAUGUUAUCUCCAAAGCCAAAUGGUGGGCUAUAUUUGUGAGAGGCAAGGACUUGAUCAUUUAUGAAUUAGAGUUCCUAGUUUUCUUAUGAAAAACAGCUGAAAUAGGUUCUCUAACCCCUGAGUUUCACAUGUCAGGUAUUAAUACUUCUAAUUCAGCCUGAGUUCCUGCUGAUUUAAGACCCGUAAAAUUCAAAUAUAAUUAUGAAAAUCCAAACAUUACCAUUUAACGACUCAUUUAACAGAGAGCUUAGUUUAAACAAAAGAUUAAAGCAGACAAUAGGACUGUAAUACCAGACUCUAAUGAAUUAAUGAAUUUGGAAUUUGUCUUCCCAGCUAUGGAGCAUUAGCUCAGUCUUAUGUUGGGAGGGGUGGUACCCACAGGCCAAUGGAACAGUGUGGAUUUGGCAUAACUCAUCACCACUUGCCAACCUGAUGGUGCUUGGAUUCAGAGAUGAACCCCAUAACUGAGCCCAGAAUACAAAUGAUGCCAUUUGAUUGUCUCUGGGACAUUUUAUUUCCCCAAAGUUCUUGAUGGUACACUGGUUUUAAAACCUUCUGAACCACCAGUAGGAAAUUGAUGGAUUUGCAAUUACGGCUUUCCAGUGUAUACACAACAGAGGAGUUAAAAUUUCCUGCCACUCUGGAAGGAAGAUAUUUGACUUAUGAAAGGUUGAAAUGAGCCCCUUUGGUUUGGUAAUCAGAAGAAAAUUGGAUGAGGCCCCCUCAAAAUCUCAUUCCCCAAAUGAGCAAGGCCGUUAUGUCAUUAAACUCCAUGCAGCAUUCACACCCGUAGCACGUUGUGUUUGUCAGAAGCAAUGCAUUUCCUUCUGGGUCCUUUCUUUAAACUGCACUCAGUGAACUUCCCCUUGGACCCAGAAUAGGAGGAGACACAAAUGGGCAUUUCUCACAAGCUUGGGGGGACUUAAGUGUGUCCCCAAACUACCAAUGGUUUGCUGAUAGUUGUCAAUUGAGCAAUAUUACUUAUUCUCAUCUGGCAUUAAAUCAGAGUCACACUUUAGACAGUAUUUUAAUAUUAGCUUCAUUUUAUCAUGUUGCCGAGGACUGCAGGGAGGCCUGAAUAUGGGAUUUAAUGCUCUUCUCAGAGUGAGUGCACCUUUUUGCUAUUGGGGCCACGUCUGCGUGUGCAGAAGGCCUUUGCUCCUAAAAAGCUUUGGGGAGAUUGAAUGAUCAUUAAACUAUAUGAGGAGGAUCAUUGUUUAAUGAAACCCUGCAGGAAAUCCCCUUGAUAGAAUGAAUACACAUUUAAAAUAUGACUUUAUGUAAUUCACCUCUUAGAUGAUUUCUUUUGCAAGCUUGGAUUUUGGUAUAUCAAGUUGUAUCACAUUAAAAUGACUGUCAGACCUAAACCUUGGCAAGGUAGCUGUAAGACUGGAUGCUAAUUCAAAGAUCACUCCAUAGUCUUCCUUGGUGUCCAAUACUUAGGGCUUGGUGAUUGCAAUAGUAAGAAUUUAUGGUUCGAACGUAUUGUAGUUCACUGGUGGUACAUCUUUUUAUGGAUCAUUUGAACCCAACAGAAGAGUUUAGACAGAUUAUAUCAUCCAUGCUACUCUGUUACUUGAAAACAAGUGUUUGGUCUGCUCCAGACACUUCUGGAAACUAGGUAUAAACAAGUCCAUUUAUUUAUAUAGGUCAUUACGUUGGCUAAUCUUACCCCUCAUGUGACAGAGGAGAAAACAGGUCCAGAGCAUUUCAAAGUGACUUUGCAAAGGUCACAUGGACAGUUAGUGGAAACCCCGUGCGUGCCAGUCUCCUGAUCCAGCGCCCAGCCUUGCUACAGCCUUGUUUGGUCACUAAGUAUUUUAGGAUUGAAAACGGACCAGCACCUUAUGAUUAGGCGCCUCUCCUCUUAUUUAAUAGUGCUCUGUAGCUUCUUCUAUGCCUUUUUAUUGAAAUGGAAUUGUUGUGCUUUGUAGAAUGUGAUUAGAAGUAUCAGCCAAAGAUUUUAUCUGUUGUUUUGUGAUAUUUUUA